UCUCUCUGUCCUCUCUCCUCUCUCUUCUUCAUCGUUAAUAAAUAGAGGUCCAAAACCAUAACAUGUCAUGCCAUUAUUCCAUUGUGCUUGAGGGAGGGAGUGGAAAAAUACUCUUAUAUUUCUUCAAGGGAAAUGAAAAUGGAGAGGAGCAGAAAGAGAAGAGAAGGAAUGGAAAAGGAGGAAAAAGGUGAAAUGAAAGUGGAUCUUAGUGGCAUGUCUUUGUCUUCAUUUCCAUCCACUUCUCUCAAUCUGGCUUCAAUCACUCAGCUUGAUCUCUCAAAUAAUAAUCUUCAGAGCAUCCCAGAGUCACUAACAGCACGGCUGUUGAAUCUUAUUGUUCUGGAUGUGCACUCAAACCAGCUCAAUUCAAUCCCAAACUCCAUUGGAUGCCUCUCAAAGCUCAAAUCUCUUGAUGUCUCCGGUAACCUCCUCGAAUCGCUGCCGAUAACAAUCGAGAACUGCCGGGCUUUAGAGGAAUUGAAUGUGAACUUCAACAAGCUCACAAGGCUCCCAGACACAAUGGGAUUUGAACUGAUGAACCUCAAGAUACUUAGAGUGAAUUCCAACAAGCUUGCAUUCCUUCCAUUCUCAGCAUCUCACAUGACUAAUCUCCGAAUCCUCGACGCCCACUUGAACUGUCUCCGGUCUCUUCCCGAUGGCCUCGAGAACCUUAUCAACCUUGAAGUACUAAACAUCAGCCAAAACUUCCAGUUUCUUCAAACCAUUCCUUACUCAAUUGGCCUUUUAAUGUCUCUGACUGAACUUGAUAUCAGUUACAAUAAAAUUACUGUUCUCCCUGACUCAAUUAGUUGCUUGACAAAAUUGAAGAAGUUUUCUGCUGAAGGUAAUCAGUUAGUGUGUCCUCCAAUGAGUGUUGUUGCCAAGGGAGUUGACGCAGUUAGAGGCUACAUGGGUGCUAGAAUGAAGAAGGCUUUCAAGUCUAAUGGCAGGGCAAGCAAGUCAUGGUUUGGUAGGUUGGUGAAAUGCGGGGCUUUCGACGGGCAAAUGGUUCAUCAGAAUGAAGGUUUGUUGGCACCGGAGUUCGAAAGGGAAUACCAUUCAUUCGAUGGAACACCGUCUAGGCUCAUCGGCAAGUUUUCGCCUUUAAGGUUGUUCUCUCCGAAGAGGUUCUCAUCACCUCAGAGAUAAAAUUGGUGUGUUUUUGUUCAUGUUCAGGUGGCUGUUUGUCAACUUUUUCUAUGUCAUUGUGAUUCUGUGAAUGUUUUGGAGUUAGUUUUACUGUUUGUACAGUGGUAUAUAUUGUUAUGACUAUUAAGUCGUGAGUGAAGUCAAUGGAAACACGCUGAGAUUUAAAAGUGAAAUUAGUGUGUUUUUGUUCA